AUGUUUCCCACGUUUCACGCAGACUUCCGGGACCUUGUUAAUGACGAGAGGAUUCAUCGUGUGUUGUUUCUAUUUCUGAUUGGGACUUAUGUCUAUACUGAGGCCAAGUCAUGGUGGCAUCGAUCCGGGAAGUAUUACAAGCCGUGGGGACCAACUACACCGAUCGUUAUUGUCUCCACAAAGAAGCAGAUCGCUGAGCUUAGCGAGGCACCAUGUCUCUCUCAACGAGCUGUAUAUGCCGAUAUGUUCGGGUUUAAACACACCAUGAACAAACUUGAACACAAUACCAGUAACAACAAAGUUAUUAGGACGCGGCUAUAUAGUCGUCUUCUUCAAGUCAAUGGGCCCGUUCACCUAGAUGCUCUCUAUCCCUAUUUGCUCAACCAGUUGGAUAUUAGCCUAGAAAGAGAACUUCGUGGUGGGCGUGUUUUUAAUGGGGGGAUUUCGUUGCCUAUUGCCCAGACGGCCCGCCGGCUUGUCUCAAAGCUUAUGAGUCUUAUGUUUUUUGGAGAGGCCCUAUCUCUGGAUGAAGAAUUUUCCUCCGCGCUUUUGCGUUAUCCCCAAGAUAUGGUGAAGUGUAUGGCUGCCUUUCAGGUAGCACCAUCGUUCAUGACACCGGUUAUUCAUGCAGCCCUCACCAACCGCGGAGAGGCUAUGCACCUGAUCCAGAAGAGGCUUUUCCAGUGCAUAGGAUCUGGACUUUCAAACCAGAGUGAUGUAGAUAAAAUCCAACGCCACACUAUUCUUUAUAACAUCAUUGCAUUAACAAGCGGCAGCGAAUAUUGGAAUGCAGACCUCCUCUCGCAGUCUCUCCUAGGGAUUUGGUUUGCUGCCUCUCAUCAGCCGUGGAUGAAUCUGCACUUCGUCAUAUUAGAAUUAUGCGCACGCAAGGAAUGGCAAGACAAACUACGCCGAGAGCUAGAGCAACACGUUCCGCUUGACUAUAAAGGUUUAGAGCAGUUACCCCUUUUGGAUGGCUUCAUAAAGGAAACUGUUAGAUGUAAUCCUCUAGAUACGCUUGCAAUACGCAGAAAGGCAUUGGAGCCUUAUACCUUUUCGGACGGAUCUUUCUCUAUUCCCUCUGGAGCAACUGUUUGUGUGUCAGCGUAUGAUCUUAUGCAUAACCCGCAAACAUAUCCCGAUCCAACUGCCUUCAACCCUAGUCGAUAUCUACCCAAAGAACCCAAUAGUCAACAGCGGAAGUUUACUGAAGUCUCUGAGACGUACCCUAUCUGGGGUUAUGGGUCUCUUGCCUGCCCUGGCCGGUUCCACGCAUCGUUAGCCAUGAAGAUGGUCAUAUCGCAGUUACUUCUAAAGUAUGAUCUAAGUCUUGAAAACAAGAAUGCUAGGACUAGGUGGUCUUGGGAAACAUUUGCCAUGCCAUAUCAAAAUACCAGAGUCAUCUUAAAGGAGCACGGUUUGUAG